AUGUUAAAACUCUAUCCUCUAAUUUUGUUAUGUAUUUUUUUUAAAUAUCCUAUAUCAAUUUUAAUAGAAAAUAUUUUGGAGAAUAAUGAAAAACUAAUAGAAUUAGAUCUGCACAACCACAAAUGGUAUAAUCGUGUAUUAAUAGAAGAUAACAAUGAGGUGUUUGAUAUAGAACAACUUAAAAAAUUGCUAUAUUUUCAAUCUAAAUUAGAUAAACAAAUAAGGAAAAAACAGAAUGAAGAAAAAAAUUCAGAAAAUUCAGCAAAUUUAGAUAAAUCAGCAAAUUUAGAUAAAUCAGCAAAUUUAGAUAAAUCAGCAAAUUUAGAUAAAUCAGCAAAUUUAGAUAAAUCGGCAAAUUUAGAUAAAUCGGCAAAUUUAGAUAAAUCAGCAAAUUUAGAUAAAUCAGAAAAUUUAGAUAAAUCAGAAAAUAGUUUUAAGUUUUUUGGUAAUGUAGAAAAUGACGCAGUUAAUAAUGAAACCACUAAAACAUUCUUUAAUGAUACUACAAAAAGGGAUGAUGAAAAAGCUAGUGCUAAUAAUCAAUUGGAUGAUCAUAAUCAUGAUAAAAUUUCCAAAAUAAAUGAUGAAAACUUGACAGAACAAAAUCAGAAUGUUUCAGGAGAUGAAAAAGAAGACAAAUCGAAAUCCGAUCAAUCAUUGAGUAAUAAAAAAUCAGAUAAGAUAAUAACCCCCCAUGACUUUUCGAAUAAUUCAUCAAAUUCAGAAAAUAAUAGACACGAAAAUAAUUCAAACGAGAAUUAUCCAUCAACGGAAAAUAAUAAUAAAGAAAAUAAUAAUAAAGAAAAUAAUAAUAAAGAAAAUAAUAAUAAAGAAAAUAAUAAUAAAGAAAAUAAUACUAAAGAAAAUAAUAAUAAAGCAAAUAAUAACGAGAUAUAUAAAAAAUUCGAAUUGCUAAAAAAUCAUUUUCAGUCUAAUGAUAAUAAGACAAUAACCCCAAAAAAUGGGGAAGAAGAUAAAAAUAUGAUUAAUAACUCAAUGGAUAAUAGCAAUUAUAGUUUAAGGAAAAGUGAUAUAAAAGAAUUAAUUGGUAUUAAUGAUAUAGUAAAAUAUAUAAAAAAUUUAUUAGGUAUAAAAUCUAAUAUACAUGAAAAAUUUGAACAUGAGAAUUUAAUAAUAAGGAAUUGUAAUUACGACUCAUUUGGCCCAGAAUUUUGUAGUGCUAAUGAAGAAGCAAAGCAAAAAUUAUGGAAAUAUGAAAAUAAAAAAAGUUUUGCAUUUUUAUUUAUCAUAUUAUUCACUUUAUUUUUUGGACUAAUAAUACAAAAUAUUGUUUAUUAUAUUGAAAAAAAAGUAAGAAAUUCAAAAGAUAAAUUUAGAAAAGAUUUAUUAAAUACAGCAUUUAGGCAAAUCUCUUUAAUUACAAUUAUUAAUUUAACUAUAUGGGGAAUAUUGCAAUCAAAAGCUGCUGAAACAUUGGAUGACAUUAUUUUUAAUGAUAUAUUGCCUAAACAAAGAAAUGUUGAUGAAGUUCUUCAUAAUGUGGAGCCCCUUUUAGAGAUAAUAUUCGAAAAGAUACUUUUUAUUUCCAUGAAUUUCUUAAUAUGUUAUUCGUUAUUUAUAAUAAAUGUCCAUUUCGUAACAAGGAGCAUAUUAAAAUGGUUUUCUGAAGCUGAUAAUUGUGACAUUAAAAACGUAAUCAAAGACAUGAAAGAACGCAGAAAAGGAUGUUUCAAAAAUAUUUUUUCUUUUAUUAAAUAUACCAGAAAUUCUAAAUAUUUAGCCCACAGAUAUGAUUUUUCUGAAAAUGUAGAUGCCAUAAGUAUCCCUGGCUUAGAUCCAAAUGGAUAUUACUAUUAUGAAUACAUGCGUGCUUGUUUGUUAAAAUAUAAUGUCAAAUUAAUAAAAAUUCCAAACACAGUUAUAUUAUUUUUAGUGUUUGCAUGUAUUUCUUUGAGGCCAUUCUUUAGCAUUCGUUUGAAGGAGGAAGUCAUUUUCUUAAAUUUAUUGUCUCUCUUUUGUAUUUUAGGAUUCGUUUUAUUAUUUAUUUACCUAUACAAAAUAGACAGAAAAUUGUUACCAGGAAACAUAUCAAAAUAUUUAUUAAAUAAAUAUCACAUUGAUAUUAGUGACCAAAGCACAAAGGAAAUUAUUCCUUACUAUAAAUUAUUAAAACAACAGUCACUGCAUCCCUCGUCAAUCAAUUAUUUUAUUUACAAAACAACAUUUCCCAACAAACAUGAGCAAUUGUUUUUUUUUUGGGGUAAUGGUCCUUCUAUAAUUAAUUUCAUUUUUCAAGCACUAUGUUUUUGUUUUUUGGUAAUAUUAUCAUGUUGGAUAUUUUUAUUAAGAGUAGAUAAUAUAACAUGGUUUCAAUUAUAUGCGCAUGGAAGCGUGUCUAUAUGCGUGUGUAUAUUAGUAUUUGUUUUUAUAUUAAAAUAUAUAAUUUAUUACUAUAUAAUGAUUAGUAAAACUGGUUACCUAAUUGACACUAAGUUGUUGGAAAGGGUUUGGGAAUUUGAAAGAUCAGAUAAUAUAAAAAGAAUAUCCGAAUUGAUUGAUGCUAUCAAAAUAAAGUCCACCUUACACGCCGUGAAAGAAGGAGGUGAUUUGUUUUGGAGGCAAUUGCUAAUAAAAUCGAGCACAGUGCCAUCAAAUAUACAAGAAAAAAUGUUUAGUAUAUGGGUGGGAUUAGAUGAAGAAAAUAGAGGCGUUAUAAAUUCUGAUAAAAUUUUGAAAUUUUUAAAAUCACAAGGAAUUAACUUAACCUCAGAAAAUGAUAUUAAGGAAUUUUUGGAAGUCUUUGAUAGAAAUAAUAAAAAUGGAUUAAAUCAGGAGGAAUUUUUUGUUCUCAUAAUCAUAGUCAAGCAAAUCUUAGUUGAACUUUUGGACAUUAACGCUGUUCAAUCAUUAUUCGAAGAGGUGUACGGAAUUCCUUGGAAUUCUUUGUCAUCAAUUGAUGUUAAUAGUUUAAAAAGAAUAUUAUCAGAGCUAAAUUUACAUUGGCCACAUGGAAAAAUAAAAAAUUUAAUAGAUUUUGUGUGUGAAAGUAAAAAGAAAACAUAUGUCAGUGCUGAAUAUUUUAUUAAGCAGUUAAUAAAUAUCGAAGAAGUCACAUUACAGCCCUUUCACAAUAUGUCAGAUACAAAAUAA